AUGAUGUUUCCUAGGGAAAUUUUCUUUCUUUCUGGGAUUUGUGUGAAGUCAAACACUGUUGGAUCAUGCUUGUUUGGAAGGGAAGAGAAGAGUUGGGAUUUCCUUCUCUUUGAGUAUUUUAUUACUUGGUAUUUUGUGGGCAAUGAAUUUCGAUAUCCCUUUACAAUCGAAAUCUGGAAAUUGCUAUGGUUUAUAGGACUGGCAGUAGCUGUGGUUUUAACAUUCCAACAUUUUGAAUUGCCUAAUGGCAAUAUUAUAUCAUCGUUGUCUUCUGCUCAGAAAGAUCUAGGAGCAGGAAAUAGUAACUUGUUAACUCAUGCUGCCUCAUCAACACCAGAGAUGGUUAGUAACACAACUCAAUCAAAUGGUUUGAAUACCACUGCUAUCUCCCCUGACAGAGCUCAAGAGAUUGACAGUAGUCAUGGAACAGAAACCCCUGUAAAUGUAAAUAAUGAUGUUGUACCAGAAAGAAGCAGAGGCUUGAAUGAGUCUUCUCUAAUAGAUAGCCGUGGAAAGGAGUCUUCACCAGAGCAGUUGGUAGAUACCAAUACGAACUCCACCUCAUAUGUACAUAAUGGUGUUGUAUCAGAAGGAAUCAGUGGCUUGAACAAGUCUUCUGGAAUAGACAACCAUGGAAAGGAGUCUAAACCUGAACAGUUGUUAGAUCGAAAUGAAAAUUCCACGCUGGACCCUGUCAACAGUUUGGGUAAUGGACCUGCUCCACAAGAGACCGAAAGAAGCCUUUCUCGCGAAGACGCCACCUCCAUAUCAGAAAAUAUAGGAGCCUCGGAUGCUAGAAUUGCACCUAUUGCGCCAGAAUUGCUGCCAGUGGAUUCGCCACCUAAUACAACACUCCCAAGGAAUGUAGAGCCUAGCACCAUAGCUCAUAUUGUUCCUGUUGAGUCCAAUACAUCUAAGGUGGAUAAAGAUGCAGCACCCAGUUUAGAGAAUGAUGGGAAAACAGGGGACCAGAAGAAAGAUCUUACUUUAUUGCACAAUAACCCUUCUGUGACUUCUUUUCCAGAAUUGAAGAAAGAACCUCAGACACCAUCCCUGGAAGUGGUUUCAAUUUCUGAGAUGAAAAAUUUGCAGCUUCAAAGAUGGUCUUCUCCCAAUUCAAGAAGACCACGAUGGCCUUCAGUAGUUGACCAAGAACUGCAAAAUGCAAAAUCACAGAUUCAGAAUGCACCUAUUGUAGAGAAUGAUCCGGUGCUCUAUGCUCCUCUAUAUUGGAAUAUCUCCAUGUUCAAAAAGAGCUAUGAAUUAAUGGAGGACAUCCUGAAAGUGUAUAUUUACAAGGAAGGAGAAAUGCCUGUAUUUCAUCAGCCCCUGCUCAGGGGGAUAUAUGCUUCUGAGGGAUGGUUCAUGAAAUUGCUAGAGGGUAACAAAAAAUUUGUUACAAAAGACUCCAAAAAAGCCCACCUGUUUUACUUACCUUUCAGUUCUCGAUACUUGGAGAUAAGAUUGUACGUUCCUGAUUCACACAGUCAUAAGAACCUCAUAGCAUAUCUGAAGAACUACUUGGAUAUGAUCUCGGAAAAAUAUCCUUUUUGGAACAGAACUCAAGGUGCAGAUCAUUUUCUUGCUGCUUGCCAUGACUGGGCACCGUCUGAAACUAGACAGCAUAUGGCCAAUUGCAUCAGGGCCCUUUGCAAUUCUGAUGCUAAAGAAGAUUUCGUUUUUGGAAAAGAUGCUUCUCUUCCGGAGACAUACGUGCUCACCCCAGAGAAUCCUCUAAGAGAUCUUGGAGGCAAGCCUGCUUCCAAGAGAUCAAUCUUGGCUUUCUUUGCAGGUAGCAUGCAUGGCUAUCUACGGCCAAUUCUGUUACAGCACUGGGAAAAUAAAGAUCCUGACAUGAAAAUAUUUGGUAGAUUGCCUAAGGUAAAGGGCAGAGGCAAAAUGAACUACGCUCGGUACAUGAAGAGCAGCAAGUACUGUAUCUGUGCAAAAGGUUACGAAGUCAAUAGUCCACGAGUUGUAGAGGCCAUUUUCUAUGAGUGUGUUCCCGUGAUUAUAUCUGACAAUUUUGUGCCUCCAUUUUUGGAGGUUUUGAACUGGGAAUCCUUUGCUGUUUUUGUCUUGGAGAAGGACAUUCCGAACUUGAAGAAAAUACUCCUUUCAAUCCCGGCGAAGAAGUAUCGAAGAAUGCAGACGAGGGUCAAAAGGGUACAACAGCAUUUUCUUUGGCAUGCUAGACCUGUGAAAUAUGAUGUCUUUCAUAUGAUACUCCACUCAAUCUGGUACAACAGAGUUUUCCAGAUGCAGCCAAGAUAACACAAAAAAGGAAGGCAGAUAUAGAUGUUCUUCUCAUUGGAAGUAGUCUGAAAAAAAAACCCUUGUGGAGAAAGUGAAAAAUGGUUUGCCUGGACAGGUGGAAAUAGAUGCAUUUUGAUCUUUCAUUGUUAUUAAAUUUGAUUUUUUCUAUGGACAUAUUUUGGCAAAAUAAAGUUGGUUUGCUGUAUUUACCUCACCUUUCCUUUUUUGUAAAGGGUUCUUCAAAUUCACUCACUUAAAUAUGUAUCUGAUCUUCCAUUGACAUCUGAUAAUUCCAGUCCGAAUUCCUUCUGCUCAA